GCCCAGUUUAUGGGCCUCACUCGCUUGAAAACCCAGCCGUUUUCUCGUCACCCGCUCCAGGUGGUUACUGUUAAGUAACUGCUAGUAGAACUGCCGCCAUCCACUGGAAGAAUCCCGUGGCGACUGGAAAAUUUCAGCCAUGGUUGGAAAGCUUGACAGAAAUGGAUAAACUUCGCCUGAAAUCCUAGCUGUCCCGCCGGAAAACAAACAGCAACAAAAGUAUUCAUGCCGAUCGCUUCCUCUUUCUCUAUCCUCCGCCACCGCGCUCCGUCCCUCCACCACCAACAUUUCCUCCUCCGCAGCUUAGUCGGGUUCCGCCGCGGCAACAACCUCUCAAUUGCGGCGGCCAAACCGCAGCAGCAGAAGCCGCACAACACCUCGAGGAGGCCUCCGCCGAGCAAGAAUUUACUCAGAGCCAGAGAAAAGUUGAAGGAGUACUCCUCCCUAGCUCCGGUUCUCUCCCUCGAUGAAAAACCUAAUCUCGCCGAUUCUCAGGCGAUCGGCACCGUCGCCGCGGCCCAGGCCAACUUCAUGCGCGUCGUCGUCCAGUCCGAAUCCCCGCCGAGCUCUGAUGGGGGCGGAGGAACCGGGGUGGAGCUUCUGUGCGUGGUGAGGGCGGUGCUGAAGAAGAUAAAGAGAAGGGUCAUGGUUGGGGAUAGGGUUUUGAUUGGGUCGAUUGAUUGGGUGGAUCGCAGGGGAAUGAUUGAGAACGUGUUUCGUCGGAGCAGCGAGGUUCUGGAUCCUCCGGUGGCGAAUGUCGAUCACUUGCUGGUGCUUUUCUCCAUGGAGCAGCCCAAGCCUGAGCCAUUCUCGUUGACUAGGUUUCUCGUCGAAGCUGAGUCCACGGGAAUUCCAUUGACCCUGGCUUUGAACAAGACGGAGCUCGUUGAUUCUCAGGCAGUUGAUGCUUGGAAUUCCAGGCUUCGUGAGUGGGGUUAUGAGCCUGUGUUUUGUAGCGUUGGAGCCAAACAUGGACUCGAUACUCUCUCGUCGAUUCUGAAGGACCAAACGACGGUGGUUGUAGGUCCAAGUGGGGUUGGGAAAUCGAGCUUGAUCAAUGUUUUGAGAAGCAAUACUCAUGGUGGUGACAAUUCCGCAGAGGGGGAGAAUUGGUUUGAACCACUAUUAGGUAGCAAGUGGUCCGAUGAACAACGAGUUGGGGAAGUUUCGAUGAGAAGUGGCAGAGGGAAGCACACGACUCGUCAUGUUUCGUUACUCCCGCUAUCUGGUGGAGGUUAUUUGGCUGAUACUCCUGGGUUUAACCAGCCGAGUUUGAUGAAAGUAACUAAGCAGUCUCUGCAGCAAACUUUCCCUGAGAUAAGGGAAAUGCUGAGAAGCAACGAGCUCGAGAAAUGCUCUUUCAACGAUUGCUUGCAUCUCGGUGAGCAAGGGUGCAUUGUUACUGCAGACUGGGAGCGGUAUCCUUUUUACCUUCAGCUUCUGGAUGAGGUCAGAAUCAGGGAAGAGUUUCAGCUGAGGACUUUUGGUACCAAGAAAGAAGGUGAUGUAAGAUACAAAAUGGGGGGUAUGGGUAAGCAACAAGCAGAGCCCCGACUGGAGCCUAAGAAGCAUAGAAGGCAAUCUCGGAAGAAGAUCAACCAGUCAUUAUUAGACGAAGUGGACGAGGCCGCUGAAGAUGAUGAAGACAGCUUGUUGGAUGAGAAUGAUCCGUUCUUGAAGGCACUAAGGGAAGAGUAUGAACAAUAGCAGUAGAGAACACCCAACUUAAUACCAUUGAAGAUUACUAUCUCGUCGCUCGUUAACACUUAGUUUUGGGAUGCAAAUGCCGUGGAACAGAACAAAUUCUUACUACUGUAUCAGCUGUUGUGUAAAAGGAUACUGCUGCAACCCGUGCAUCCUUGAUGGAAAAGAGUGGCUUUAGCUGUGGAGUCGGAUCAAAUGUAAUCAAUCUGUUGGGAAUUUGUACUCAUAAACUCGAUCCCGACCUAACUAUGGAGUUUCGAUGUAUACUACUACCUAGCAAUUUCAGCCCCAAAUUAACUUAACACCCCAAUUCCUAAUAUGGAAUUCAACCUCGUAGUAAUAGAUAUUGAGAGAACUAACCUCCUAGAGGAUUAAUCCAUCCUAAGGGAAACAACCCAGAACCAGAAAUCAGAAAGUGAGAAGCAUAGCUAUGGAAAAGAUCAUUCUUGUGAUUCUGUGUGUUCAAAGGCUGAAACUUCGGAAAAGUUCAUGACGAAUUCCCCCAAACAAAAUGUCGCCACACAAAUACUUAGUUAUAGUUUCUAUCGAACUCAUCGAUUCAUUAUCCCCCUAGCAGAGAAUUCUAGUACAAAGCAGAAAAUUGAGAAACCCUACUUCUUACUUCUUAGACUUGUUCUUCUUGGAAGCGACGGGCUGGGGCGGCGGCUUGGGGUGCUUGUCGGCCUCGAGGGGAUCCAGCCAGCGGAGAGGGUGGCGAUUGAAGCCAGGCCAGUUGGGGACUACGAUCAAGGCGGUGAGAACGAUUCCGCCGGCGUAGAUCAACAUCAUAGUUUGAAACGAUCCCAUGAUGUAACCGGUGAGGAAGGCCAUCACGGCGGAAGCCAGUAACAUCAGCUGCAUCAGCUGCUCCGCCACCUUCUGCCCCUGCCAAUCCAUCUUGAAAGAAGAGAAGAGAUCGGCGGCGGCGGUAGAGGAGAUGUGAGCAACAGCGGCGGCUAUCAGAGAGAGCGAUGAGAUGGGGAAAACGAGUCGGGGACCAAGUCCUGGGAUAGUCUACGACUCUUCUAAUCUUCUUCCCUUUGCCCAGGGAAAAUAAAAACAAAUGAAUAAAUAAUUGGGAAAUAUUCGUGAAA